CGUCAUGUCGUAGGCGGAAGUACACAUACACAGGAAUCGUAUACACGGAGCUGGAGUGAGCGACCGCUGUACAGUAGAUCAUGGACACGUUAAUACUGGAGCCCUCUCUGUACACUGUCAAAGCAGUUCUGAUCAUGGACAAUGAUGGAGAGAGACUGUAUGCAAAGUAUUAUGAUGACACAUACCCCACAGUGAAAGAGCAGAAGGCUUUUGAGAAGAACAUCUUCAACAAAACACAUAGAACAGACAGUGAAAUAGCAUUGCUGGAGGGUCUAACGGUUGUGUACAAGAGCAAUAUUGAUUUAUAUUUCUACGUUAUCGGCAGCUCCCAUGAAAAUGAGCUGAUGCUAAUGUCGGUUUUGAAUUGUCUCUUUGACUCUCUGAGUCAAAUGUUGAGGAAAAAUGUGGAAAAGAGAGCCUUGCUUGAAAAUAUGGAGGGCCUUUUCCUGGCUGUUGAUGAGAUUGUGGAUGGAGGUGUGAUCCUGGAGAGUGACCCUCAGCAGGUGGUCCAUCGUGUUGCUUUGAGGGGUGAUGACGUGCCUUUGACAGAACAGACAGUCACGCAGGUGCUACAGUCAGCCAAGGAGCAGAUUAAAUGGUCUCUCCUCCGAUAGGACACUUUUGGUCCCGUUCCUAAACUGAGACCAGGGAAAUAAAGGAGACACAACCACUUUUCAUCACUCCUCUCCAAUCUGCCUUUUUUUUUUUUUUUCUUGAUAAAGUGCACUUCCACUGAAAACGACUUCUUUGAUUUCUCACUUGAAGAUAAAGCCAACAACAUGACCGUUUCAAAUUAGAAUGUCAAAACGAGAGAGAAGCCGGAAUAUUGUCUUGGCGGGACUUUCUUUUUAGGGAAAAGUACCAGGGUCUUUUUUUUUUUUUUUUUAUCCCAUUCCAGUAAGCUCUGAAUAUAUGGCUGGUUUUGUGAAUGAUAUCACUGUUGUGCUGCGAGAAUUUCAUUACCAUUCAUGUACAUUCCAGUGGUUGAUCUUGUGCUCUGUUCUUCCGUCUGACCCUCAUUUUGAUUGAAGUAAAGAAAACAGUUUCAUCCUAGUUGUUAUCCAGUUUUUCGUGGGGGGUGGGGGGGUCUGUUUACUUAUUGUGAUUAGAACCAAGUGGCAUUUUUUAGCCUUAUAAUUCAUAGUUCAUAGUAAGAUUAAGGCUCAUAUAACCCUUAAACGCAGGGGUGUUUUGCCAAACAUUAUUAUAUACUCGGGUCUUUAGUGACCCAGCAUGUAUAUCUAUCACAAAUGGUUCUACAAAAUGCACAGAUGGUGUCAAAUUUUCGAAACAUUUUCAAGACAAUAAAAAAAAUAAUAGAAUAUAAGAUAUUCUGAUAUAUAUCAAAUCAUAUAUCAAAGAGAUCAUGCAACAAAUAUAGAACAGGAUUCAUUACUUCCACAUCGACAUUUCAUGAGAUGCAACGGGUUGUCAAACACAUAUUGAGUAACACAUGAGCUACACAUAUGUAUUUUCUGAGGCACUUUUUAAGUCUAAAUAGAAGCACAACAUACAUAAUUUCAGUAUUACACCCAAAUGACAAUAGCCAGAUCAUACUGUUCAUGUGUUACACUUGUUAUAAUUUACAUCCACGUUGCUUCUCCAAAUAGCAAAGUCAAAUGUAAAUAAAGUCAAUCACUGAAACAUCAGCGCCACCUUGAGUAAGAAAUAUCAUGUAUAAUGUAUUCGUACACGCAUAUGAUAUACUGAUAAUUCACCAUUGUCACCGAAAACCAGUGUGAUGUAGUAGUCAUUUAUAUAGUAUUAAUUUGUCUUGUAUUAAACAAAGAAAUAUAUAUACCCUGUGAUAGUAAACUUAUAUAGAUUAAAUAAUCAGAAAAAUAUUAUAUAUGGUAAUGCAAAAAAAAAAAAAAAAAAGCAACAUUAUUAUUAUUAUUAUUAUUAUUAUUAUUUUUGCAAUUUUGCCUCCCUCUUUUUUUUUUUCUUUUUUUUUUAAAUACAAUUUAGAAGAGAAAUGUUGAUGAAUACUAAAGAGGUGUUU